ACGCUACACCCGCCGGAUAUGACCUAUGCGCUGUGUGACUGGUAGCUGGGUGUCGUCUACGGUCUGCUCUGCUGUAGUUGGAUGAAUCAGUCGACGUUGACAGUCCUUGGGAAAUGACUGUGCUUUUGUAGUAACGGGCUAACUGUACUGUAGCUAGACCGUUAGCGGCUUGUCGCGUGUUUAGGAUUACGGUAGCCAAAGGAGAAGACUUCGAGUGCCAACGCGUUUUCUGGGAAAACCUCUGUUGUUCACAAGCCUUAAUAUUUUUUACAAGAUGACACCUGCAAUGUUUUCCGGGAAAUUAAGCUAACUUAACUUUAGCUAGAUUAGCUAGCUAGUCGUCAACUUGUGAAUGUCCUAACUUAGUCAGCGUGCGGGCCACAACUCCGCGAUUCAUCAGAAAGGGGAGCUAGCUCGGGGGUAGCUAGCUGUAGACGCCGUAUUAGCCGGGUAGCAUAGCUGCGUGGACUUCACUCUGUCAGUUUGGCUAGCAUAGUGACGCUAGCCGGUUGCGAUUAGUAAUAUGAAAAAGGCGCAGUCCGAGACAUUGGGUUUUGAUCCGCAAAAAGACAUUGUAUACAACAAACUGCUGCCGUACGCAGACAGAUUAGAUGGUGAGUCCAAUGACAUUUUAAGUAAAAUAAAGGGAAACUUGGGCCGAGCUGUUCAGCUCAGGGAGAUCUGGCCCGGUGUGCUGUUCUGGACCAGGAAACUUUCCACGUACAUGAGGCUAUAUGGACGCAAGUUCAGCAAAGAAGACCAUGUGCUGUUCAUCAAGUUGCUCUAUGAGCUAGUGACGAUCCCCAAACUGGAGAUCAGCAUGAUGCAGGGCCUUGCCCGGCUUCUUAUCAAUCUACUCAAGAAAAGGGAACUACUGUCAAGGGAGGACCUUGAGUUGCCGUGGAGACCACUGUAUGAGCUACAUGAUAGGAUUCUGUUUUCAAAGACGGAGCAUCUGGGCCUCAACUGGUUUCCAAAUUCUCCACGGCCUCGUUCAUCCUCUAAACUCAUUAUGAUAAAAUUGGUUCAGAGGUGUUCUGUGGAAAGUGUGUUGAAAAAUCUUGUGAAAAGCUGCAGGCCAUACUUUCCGGAGUCGGCCACUCAGGAGAUGCUGGAUGAGUGGAGACCACUGCUCUGUCCCUUUGAUGUCACCAUGCAAAGAGCAAUUAACUACUUUGAGCUUUUUCUCCCCACAACUCUGCCUCCAGAGCUGCACCACAAGGGAUUUAGGUUGUGGUUUGAUGAGAUGAUCUGUUUAUGGGUGUCUGUGCAAAAUCUUCCAAGUUGGGAAGUACAUCUCGUCAAUCUGUUUGCCCGCUUGGCUAAUGACAACAUUGGUUACAUUGACUGGGAUGCUUAUAUUCCAAAGAUUUUUACAAGAGUUUUGAGGAGUUUAAAUCUUCCUGUGGGAACCAGUCAGAUGAUAGUACCACGAUAUGUCACCAAUGCCUACGACAUCAGCCAUGUGGUGCUCUGGGUCUCAUCCCUCCUGGGGGGACCCAGCAAACAAGCCCAAGCACAGCUCAGUGGCCUUUUCAACAGUAUUACGUCCUUCUUUCACCCAUCAAACCAUGGCCGCUGGUUGAUGAAGCUCAUGAAGCUGCUGCAACGCCUCCCGGCUAGCGUGGUGCGGCGGCUGCACCGCGAGCGCUACAGAAAGCCCACGUGGCUUACACCGAUACCAGACAGUCACAAGCUCACAGAGGAGGAUAUCACAGACUUUGUGGAGAGUAUGAUGCAGCCGGUUCUGUUGGCCAUGUUCAGCAAGACAGGCAGUCUAGAUGCAGCCCAGGCCCUGCAAAACCUGGCUCUAAUGAGGCCUGAGCUGGUGAUUCCUCCUGUGCUGGAGAAAACGUACCCUGCUCUGGAGACGCUAACAGAGCCCCACCAGCUGACCGCGACUCUGAGCUGCAUGAUUGGAGUAGCACGAAGCCUUGUGUCAGGCGGACAGCGGUUUCCCGAGGGGCCCACUCACAUGUUGCCGCUGCUCAUGAGGGCUCUGCCAGGAGUCGAUCCAAAUGACUUCAGCAAGUGCAUGAUCACAUUCCAAUUUAUUGCAACAUUUGUGACUCUUGUGCCUUUGGUGGACUGUUCGUCUGCUCUACAUGAAACAACAAACUUGACAGAGGUGGAACGAGAGAUGUGCUCGGCCUCAGCUGAGUUUGAAGACUUUGUGCUUCAGUUCAUGGACAGAUGCUUUGCCCUGAUAGACAGCAGCACUCUAGAACAAACCCGAGAGGAAACAGAAACAGAGAAAAUGACUCACUUGGAAAGUCUAGUAGAGCUUGGCCUGUCCUCCACCUUUAGCACUAUCCUCACGCAGUGUUCCUUAGACAUCUUUAAGGUGGCUUUAGAAAAGGUGUUCAACUUUGCAACAACCAACAUCUUUGAGACCCGCGUAGCUGGGAGAAUGGUAGCUGACAUGUGCAGGGCUGCCUCCAAGUGCAACCCUGCAGAGUCACUCAAGAUGUUUGUGCCACACUGCUGCAAUAGCAUAAACCAAAUCGCUGUCAAUGAAGAAGUGUUGAAUGAAGAGGAGCUUGACAAGGAGUUACUGUGGAAUCUCCAGCUGCUGUCUGAGGUGACUCGAGUGGAUGGUGACAAAAUCCUUCCCUAUCGCUCCCACCUAGUCCAGAUUUUGCAGUUGACCCUUCACCUCAAGUGUAAGCAAGGUUAUACGCUGGCCUGCAACCUGCUCCACCACAUCCUACGUUCUUCUGCCCUCAUCUACCCCACGGAGUACUGCAGUGUGCCUGGAGGCUUCCAUAAACCAAUCAGUGACUACCUGCCCAUCAAGGACUGGGGUCGGCCUGGAGAUCUGUGGAAUUUAGAUAUCCGGUGGCAUGUCCCCAGUGUCGAAGAGACCUCCCUUGCUUUUUAUUUACUGGACCUAAUCCUCCAGCCCGAACUUCGGCGCCUUCAGAGAUUUGCACAGGGAGAGCAGGACAUGAGCAGAGAUGAUGUACUGCAGAGCCUGACCAUUGUCCAGCAUUGCCUCUUAGGAGCUGGGAGUUUGAUGCCUCCACUGACAGGAGAACCCAUUCCUGAACUGGUCCAUAGCAUGGUGAGUCUAGAGGAAACCUUACUUUACACUGGAAUGGACUAUGAUGAAUCCAGAGAAAACUACAGGGACGCUAUCUGUCGUGUUAUGAGACAGCUGCUGCAUUUCAUCCUGGAGCACUCUGAAGAUGACACAAAGUCUCUGUUCUCUAUUAUCAAGAUUAUCAGUGACCUCUUGCACUUCAAAGGUUCUCACAAACAUGAGUUUGACUCCCGCUGGAAGAGCUUCAACCUUGUGAAGAAAUCGAUGGAAAACAGACUUCAUGGCAGAAAGCAGCACAUCAGAGCUCUGCUGAUCGAUAGAGUCAUGCUCCAACAUGAAUUGAGAAAGCUGACAGUUGAAGGAUGUCAAUACAGGAGCAUUCACCAGGAGCUAAUGAGAGAUCUAUUGAGGCUUUCCACUAGCACCUAUAGUCAAGUGCGCAGCAAAGCUCAAAAUGUGUUGUUUACUGCACUGGGGACCUACAAUUUCUGUUGCCGAGAUCUGAUCCCGCAUGUCCUAGAGUUUCUCAACCCAGACAACGGCAGCGUUACACAACAGCAGUUCAAAGGUGCCUUGUACUGUCUUUUGGGGAAUCACAGUGGGGUGUGCUUGGCCAACCUGCACGACUGGGAGUGCAUUACCCUGACAUGGCCCGGUAUUGUACGCUCCGGCCUCAGCUCAGCUAUGUCUCUGGAAAAGCCUUCCAUCGUGAGACUCUUUGACGACCUUGCGGACAAAGUCCAUCGCCAGUACGAGACCAUCGGACUCGACUUUUCUAUCCCUGAUGCGUCCUGUGCUGUGGCCAAACAACUUAUGAUCACUGGCAAUCCCUAUCCUAAAGAGCCUGUUCCUUCAGAGAAUGACACAGCUGAGGGGCUAAAGAGACAGGAGCUCAAGAACACAGACUCUGUUGCGAAAUACAAGCAGCUCAUCAGUGAUCUUCUGGACUGCCUCAGCAACAGGAACCUGCCUUGGAAGUUCGAACACAUUGCAAUUGGCUUCCUGUCAUUGCUGCUGAGGGAUGACCAACAACUACCAGCACCUGCUGUUACCUUCUUUGUCAAAAGCCUCAACCACGACUCUCUCUAUGUGCGCAAGGUGGCGAUAUCAGCUGUUGCAGGCGUGAUGAAACAGAUAAAGAGACCACAUAAAAAGGUCCCCAUCAGCCCCUCUGAGCUUUGUGAGUUGAAGGAGCAAAGCGCUCUUGUAGCAGGCGAUCGCCCAGACAACCAGUGGCUCCAGUAUGACAGCAGCUGCCUGCCACGCACAGAGCAGGACUGGAACCGCUGCGUGUUUGUGGAAAAGACCCACUGGGGAUACUAUUGUUGGCCAAGGAAACUGAUGAUGUAUGCACCAGUGGAUGAGCAACCCAAACAGAACCUAGCCAGAGAGGAAAUGACUGAGUGGGAGCAAAUCAUCUUUGACCAUUUCUCAGACCCAGUCUUCAUGAACCAGUUCAUUGAAUUUCUCUCUCUUGAGGACCGUAAGGGCAAGGACAAGUUUAGCCCUCGCAGGUUCUGCUUGUUCAAGGGAUUGUUUCGCAAUUUCAGUGAUGCAUUUCUGCCUGUUCUUCGGCCCCACAUGGAGCGUCUAGUGGCCGACUCCCAUGAGAGUAAGCAGCGCUGUGUUGCAGAAAUCAUCUCUGGGCUGAUCAGAGGCUGCAAGCACUGGAGCUACUCAAAGGUGGAGAUCCUUUGGGAAUUGUUGUGUCCACUGCUCCGUACAGCUCUGUCAAACAUCACAAUAGAAACGUAUGCAGACUGGGGCACCUGCAUCGCCACAGCUUGUGAGAGCCGAGACCCGCGAAAGCUUCACUGGCUGUUUGAGAUGCUGAUGGAGUCUCCAGUCAAUGGAGAGGGAGGCUCUUUUGUUGAUGCCUGUCGUUUGUACGUGCUGCAGGGAGGCCUAGCUCAGCAGGAGUGGCGCGUUUCAGAGCUUCUCCACAGGCUGUUAAAAUACUUGGAGCCCAAACUAACACAGGUCUACAAAAAUGUACGAGAACGGAUUGGAAGCGUUCUCACAUACAUCUUCAUGAUUGAUGUCAACUUGCCAUAUACACUGCCAACCAACUCCCCGCACAUCUCGGACUUCACCGAGAGAAUUCUGGUGCAGCUGAGGCCUCUAACCGAGGGCGAUGAGGAGAUCCAGAACCAUGUGGUUGAAGAGAAUGAGGUGGGAGAGCAGGAUGAGAGGACGCAGGCCAUCAAGUUACUCAAAACAGUGCUGAAGUGGCUGAUUGCGAGUGCUGGUCGCUCCUUCUCCACAGCUGUGUCAGAACAGCUACGGUUUCUGCCGUUGUUGUUCAAGAUUGCUCCGGUUGAGAAUGACGACAGCUACGAUGAGCUGAAGAGGGAUGCUAAGACAUGCCUCUCUCUGAUGUCUCAGGGGCUCCUUUACACAGAGCAGAUCCCUAUGGUCCUCUGUACCCUGCAGGAGAUAGCUGACACUAGCUCCUGGCACGCUCGCUAUACAGUGCUCACAUACCUCCAGAUCAUGGUUUUUUACAACCUGUUCACCUUCAUGAGUGACGAAAAAGCAGUGAAUGAUGUGCGAGCACUGGUGAUACGACUGCUGGAGGAUGAGCAGCUGGAGGUUAGAGAAAUGGCUGCCACCACACUCAGUGGUUUCCUUCAGUGCAACUUCCUGUCCAUGGAUUCCCCCAUGCAGUCGCAUUUUGAGGCACUCUGCAAGACCCGCUUACCUAAGAAGAGGAAGAGAGAGCUGGGCUCUGUAGUGGACACUAUACCCUCUGCUGACCUGGUGCGACGUCAUGCUGGUGUUCUUGGAUUGAGUGCUUGUAUUCUCUCCAGCCCAUAUGAUGUGCCCACCUGGAUGCCUCAGCUGCUAAUGGACCUGAGCGCACACCUCAAUGAUACGCAACCAAUUGAAAUGACUGUGAAGAAAACGCUGUCAAACUUCAGACGUACUCACCAUGACAACUGGCAGCAACAUAAGCAGCAGUUCACAGAUGACCAGCUGCUUGUCCUCACUGAUUUGCUGGUCUCUCCCUGUUACUAUGCCUAAAACCUGUUCGGGACAGCAUCAGACUGUACAGCUGCAUCGAGGAGGAAGCUCCAGGCCUUGACUGAUGAAAGACACAGCAUCAUACUGGAAACAGAGCGGCACAUAGAACAACUGAGCGCCUGUAUUUAUGUAUUUAGCUGAUCAACAUUUCUAAUAUACUUAAUAUUUAAGGAUCAAUCAUAGCAGGAAUGAGCGGCCUGCAGUUUGUAACAUUACUGUACAGUUUUGUUUUUUCCUUUUUUUGUUUUUGUGUGCAUGUGCACGUGUGUGUGUGCAUGUGGUUGAGUGAGUGUGUGUACGCACGUGUGUGUGUGUGUGUGUGUGAGUGUGUGUUUAUAGCGUGUUUGAAGACAUCUGCUGGUGUUCCACACAUUUCUCAGGAUUAUAGCCCAAGUCUCAACUCUGAGCCAACACAAUGUCCGGUGCAGGACAUGCUCUAUCUUCCACUAGUGAAGUGUGUUACAAGCCACAGACUUAAACCUGCAACACACAAUGUUUGUGUGAAUGUUUGAUCGCUGAUCUAUCUGAUUAUAUGCAUCAUUUGAGUAUAGGUCAUGGUAUAUCAAAUAUGCACAAACAUAUUUAUUUAUUUAUUUUAUUUUUUCAAAGUGCUAAGUUUUAAUUUUUUUUUCCAUGGAAAUUACUUUUGAAAUUACGUAAAUGACUGAAUUUUUAGCAGUGGAGCCUAGUCUCAUCUUCUCUCAUGAAGGAAGGGAGAGGACACGCUCCCCACUGCUGUGCCGUGUGAUGUUUGCUGUGAGGACCUGAGCACAGUCUGAUUAAUAGUUCAUGUCUCGGUGCAAGAAAAUAACCAAACUGCCUGUCCAUAAUUGUGACCUCGUCUCUCUUAUCCUCGCUAUCAUUUCUCAUUUUUUAAAACCCUGUUAAAUGAGACAAAACGACUAUGGUUUGCUUUUGAUUUCCCCUGAUGACUUGAAAUCUGUAUACGCAUCGAAGCAUUUAGUACCUCACUUCAACAUAGUGUAGUGCCAAAACUGCAGUGAUUUUUUUUUUUAGAUAUACUGUUUGCCUAAGGAAUGAGAUCAAAAUAAAUUGUUUAUAACAAAUGCAAA